AUGUGGAAAUGGAUACUGACACAUUGUGCCUCAGCCUUUCCCCACCUGCCGAGCUGCUGUUGCUGCUUCUUGUUGCUCUUCUUGGUGUCUUCCGUCCCUGUCACCUGCCAAGCUCCUGGUCAGGACAUGGUGUCACCGGAGGCCACCAACUCCUCUUCCUCCUCCUCUUCCUCCUCCUCCUCGUCCUCCUCCUUGUCCUCUCCUUCCAGUGCAGGGAGGCAUGUGCGGAGCUACAAUCACCUCCAAGGAGAUGUCCGCUGGAGAAAGCUAUUCUCCUUCACCAAGUACUUUCUCAAGAUUGAGAAGAAUGGAAAGGUCAGCGGUACCAAGAAGGAGAACUGUCCGUACAGUAUCCUAGAGAUAACAUCAGUGGAAAUUGGAGUUGUUGCCGUCAAAGCCAUUAACAGCAACUAUUACUUAGCCAUGAACAAGAAGGGGAAACUCUAUGGCUCAAAAGAAUUUAACAAUGACUGUAAGCUGAAAGAGAGGAUAGAGGAAAACGGAUACAACACCUAUGCAUCCUUUAACUGGCAACACAAUGGAAGGCAAAUGUAUGUGGCAUUGAAUGGAAAAGGAGCUCCCAGGAGAGGACAAAAAACACGAAGGAAAAACACCUCUGCUCACUUCCUCCCAAUGGUAGUCCACUCAUAG